AUGUCUCGUGUGCCCACAUUCACCGUGAUCCCGGACUCUCUGCGCUCAGUGUCGCCUCUGAACGUAGAGAGCGAUGUUGAUGGCGAAGAUGAUGACGUGCCGUCUGAGGGAGUUCCUAUCGAGCAGUACAGAGCCUGGCUGGAUGAAGACAGUAACCUGGACCCGUCUCCUGUGCCGGACUUGGACUCGGACUCGCUGCUGGGCGGCCCGAUGGAUGAUGAGGAGCGAUGGCUGGCCGCGCUGGAGAAAGGAGAGCUGGAUGAUAACGGAGAGCUGAAGAAAGACAUCAACGAGUGUCUGCUCACAGCCAGACAGAAAGCGCUCUUACAUAAGCAGCAGAGCCAGCCGUUACUGGAGCUCCCGAUGGGAUACAAAGAGAAGGAGCUGAUGGCCGAGAUGAUGCAGAAACGUCAGGAGCGCGCUCGCAAAAGACGCCUGCAGGCCGCCAAGAAAGCCGAGGAGAACAAGAACCAGACCAUCGAGAGACUGACCAAGACCAGCAAGGCCAAGAUCAAGAGCAUGAAGGAGCGCAGGUCCAAGCAGGCGCAGCUGCCCAUGGUGAGGUACAGCAGUAACGUUCAGGGCUCCGCCGUCUUGUACCCCGCCGGGAUCCCCGUCCCGACGCCGGCUGCCCCGCGAGCGCCUCCCCCCGCGCCCCUGAGCUGCGGCAUGUCCGGAUGCUCCAACCUGAAGAAAUACUCCUGCUCCAAGACGGGGACGCCGCUGUGCAGUCUGAUGUGCUACAGGAAGAACCUGACGCUGGUGCAGGAAGUCGCUUAA